GUUUCUUGAAGUCUGGAACAGAAAACUCACCAUGAAAUUUGGUAAUAUGUUUACUGGUAUCGACAUGAGAAGUCCGUCCAUUGAUUGGUGGAAUCAGGACAAGCCCUACCACAAACCAGAAUACGUUUCCAUGAUGGCAUUAAAUCAGCAUGGACAACUUCUUUGGGCAAUAGAUUUCUUUACCAAUGACACAAACGCAAAUAUUGGAAACUGGAUGAGGAAGGAUCGAGUUCUACCGAACGAGUUUUUAAAUACAUCAUCAAUAGAAACAUUGAAUAUUACUAUCAACACAACGAACAAUGAAAUUCGAAUAACCGAAUCAGAGAGCGACUAUGUGUGGUUUCAGCGUGGAAAUGUCAACAACGACAAAGCGAUAGUAACUGUUGUUUCUCCAAAAAAGAUACCUAUACCAGUGUUCUUUACGAGCAAUAAGAGCAUGGAUUGUUUACCUACAUAUGCUGUGUGUACUUGUGAUCAUCAGAAAUUAGAAAUGAAAUACUUUCAAGCUUUAAAAAAGACAGAAUGUAAUUGCAGUAAUGAUGUCCAUGGAAACUGUAUAAGAUACUUUUGGAACGGAGAUGCUGUGUGUCCAUGGCAGUUGGAAAAUGGAAAUACUGGUUGUCGCUGCUGUCCCUUGACAGAAUUCACUUGCAGUAACAAGAUCUAUGAAAACGCGAACGAAUUGAUGAAUACUAGUUACAGAGAAAUUCAAGACACUGUGAUUUUUGAGGUCAGCAUACUUGUUAUGUGAAAUCAUAUCAGCAUGUGAAUCACUCUUAAAUUUGGA